GUUUGACAUAGAGGAAGAGGAAAUAGUCUUAAGUAAGGUUAAUUUUACUAAAUUUAAUUUACACGAUUUAAAUACUUUUAAAGUAACAAAAAAAUGUUGAGAUAUAUCAUUAGAAGUGCUAAUUUAUUGAAAUUUAGUGUAAGGGGUUACUCAUCUAAGUUUCCAAAAAAUGCUCUGGAAAAUGUGAUAUCUGCUCAACAUCAACAAGAAAACGGCAUUGUUUACGAUAAAAAACCAUUCAAAAUUGCGCUUGUAAAGGGGAAGAGUUAUUUAUGGUGUCUUUGUGGAAGAAGUCAUAACCAACCGUUUUGUGACGGCACUCAUAAAAAUAUACAUCUCAAAAUCACCCAAAGGCCUAUCAGAUUUCAAGUGGAAGAAUCAAAGGACUAUUGGCUCUGUAACUGCAAACAAACUUCUAAAAGACCUUUCUGUGAUGGUACACACAAAGCAGAUGAUGUUAUUAAUGCAACAUCUGUAGUUCGACAAUAGGAAGUCAUUUAGUAUUCUCUAGUGCAAAGUGUAGUGUUUUAUCAAAGAAAGGAGUUUAAUCCAGCUUUUUUUCUCAAUACCUGACUGAUUUCUCAAAGAAUAAAUAAAAAUGACUACGUUAUUACAAAAGAAUGGAAUGAAAACAUUGCAAAAUGGAAACAAUAGUUUACACCAUAAUAUAAAUCAUCAAGUACAGAAUUUAGACUAUGCCCUAUGUGAAGAUGCAACUGUUAAAGAUGAACCACAGGAAUUACCAAUACCAGAAGAAAUUUCAACAGGUGAUCCAGAAAUAGACAUUAUAAUCAAUAAUGUGGUGUGUAGUUUUAGUGUAAAGUGUCAUUUGAACUUGCGUGAGAUAGCAUUGAAUGGAAUGAAUGUUGAAUAUCGAAGAGAGAAUGGUAUGCUAACUAUGAAACUGCGUAGACCCUAUACAACUGCAAGUAUAUGGUCAUCUGGUAAAAUAACAUGUACAGGAUCAACCAGUGAAGAUCAGGCCAGGAUUGCUGCAAGGAGAUUUGCUAGGUGUUUGCAGAAAUUAGGUUUUAACAUAAGGUUCAGCAAUUAUAGAGUGGUUAACGUUUUGGGUACUUGUUCAAUGCCUUUCGCAAUUAAAAUAACUUCGUUUUCUGAACAUCAUAAAGAAGCUGAAUAUGAGCCUGAACUCCAUCCUGGAGUUACUUACAAACUCAAAGAGCCCAAAGCUACUCUUAAGAUAUUCUCUACUGGAAGUGUAACAGUAACAGCUCCCAGUGUUGCAGGCGUACAAGCAGCGAUUGAAUAUAUAUUUCCUUUAGUUUAUGAAUUUCGAAAGGAACGAACAGCUGAAGAACAAACUGCUCUUGCUUUGAAAAAGUUGAAGCAGCAAGAAAUAGUUGGUACUGUAUAUGUAGAAAAUGAGAAUAGCAAUGAUAAUGUUUGGUAAUUGUUUAAGAACUGUAUAUUUAAGUGUUUAUUUAUUUAUUUUCAGUCAUUUUUGAGAUAUUAACCAUUUUUAUUGAUUUCUAAGUGUGUAUCAUAACACACUAAAUGUUUUUAUUUGGUAUAAUCUCCAUUGCCUAGUUUCUUUUUUUAAUAAAUGUUUUUGAAAAUACUCUUGAAUAAUAAUUGUAAUUGAAAAUCACUUGGAUAAUAAUUGUAGAUAGAAAACCAAAUUAGUUUAUCAAAAAAGACUUGCUGUGAAAUAUGUUUCUUUAUAAAGUUCUAAGUGUUUCAUGUAACUCUCAACUUUUUCAACUAUCCACUAGAAUGGAUUCAACAUUAAAAGAAAUGAAAUAUUUCAAGUUUUUCCCUGAAAAAAUAUGUAAUAUCUCUGAUUUGUUAAUUGAAAAAUACAUUCAUCUUUAUAUGAAAAUAAAUAUGUCAGAUGCCUAGUUUAAAGUUCAACUUGCAAGACGUUAUCUAUAUCAAUUGUUGAUUUUCCAAUUUUCUCAGAAUUAGAUUGGUGUUGGAUAAAUUGUUCCAAAAUUUUAGUAGGAACAUGGAAAUACACUACUUGAAACUGAAGAUUCUGAAUGUUUCUUAAGAAUAAACUAUUCUUUUUUAAUCAGAAAUUUCACUGUGUUAUUUCUGAUGAGAGCUUUAAAAAAAUUUAUUUUCUAAUUUUAAUUUGGAUUUAUACAUUAUCGGAAUGAAUAGUGAGAUUGUUGAUCACUAAUAAAGGAUAUCCGAAUAGAUACACAGAGAAUUUGAAAUAAAUCGGUAACAAUCUUUUGAUGUUGAAUUAAUCUAUGAAUACAAGUAUUAACUCUAUACAGAAAUUUAGAUUAAGGAUUAUCUCAAAUGUUUUCAUAAUGAAAAUGAAUUGAUAAGUCUGAUAUUUGAAACUAUUCUUCAUUACCUUAUGAUUAAUUAAAGAAAGUUUUUGUGUUUGUUCAUAGCUAGAGUGCUUUUAGACAACUGAUUCAACAAUAUUGUUUCAUUCUUAUUUCAACAAUUCUAGAAAUCUUUUUCGCAUAUUUUAUACCAUUCAUUAUUCAAAUGAUAUCUUUCACAGGAAUAUAUAAAUUAUUUGAUUCAUUUUUUAAAAGUUUACAAAAUCAUUCUUCCUUGCGAGAGAUUUCACCUUCGAAUGUCUUUUGGUAUUUUGUUUUGGUUGAAUGACACUGCUUAUCUCUAUGAACCAAAAACGCAAGGAUUUGAAAAUUUCGGUGAAUACUAAUGUACCCAAUUUUCUUAUCCUUAACGUUUCUAGAAUGUUAUUUUGAUAUUUUGUUUCUUAUUUUUCCAAAGAUUGGGCUGCAAAUUCAAAAUGUUCAUUUGAGGCCCGCAAAUCAUAAGUCACUUAUGUAGAUGUUCUUUGUAGAUAAUAUACGUCACACUCUGUUAGAGUAAGAACAUGGUUUAAUUUAAAUGUAUGAAGAUAAAAAGCUUGGAAUAAAUAUUCAGUUUUUGAUGUA